AUGGACCGCCCUCAGACGGACAUCAAGCCCGACCCCAGCACGCUGCCCCUCCCGCGCAUCCUCUGCCUGCACGGCGGCGGCGUCAACGCCGCCAUCUUCCGGUCGCAAAUGCGCGCCUUCCUCGCCCAUCCCCUACUGGUCAACCGCUUCCGCUUCGUCUUCGUCGACGCCCCCUUCCUGUGCGCCGAGGGCGUCGGCGUCGUUCCGGUCUAUCAGGACUGGGGACCUUUCCGGCGCUGGUUCCGGUGGUUGGCGAGUCAUGAGACCGUGGAUGGAGUGGGAGAUGUGCACCAGAGGAUUUGGGAGAGUGUGGGGGAGGCGAUGCGCGGGGAUGAGGGGGUGGGGGAGUGGGUGGGCUUGUGGGGGUUUAGUCAGGGGGCGAAAUUGGCGUGUAGCAUGCUCUAUGAGCAGCAGUUGAGGGUGGAUCGGGGGGAGGGGGUGGCGCGGCGGAAGGAGUUGGAGGCGAAUGGGAACGGGAACGGGGAGGGGCCCGAAGGAGUGUUGUGGAAGUUCGGCGUGAUUCUCGCGGGAAGGUGUCCGUUUGCGGCGCUGAGUGCGGAGGGGGAAGCGUUGCCGUGGUUGCAGAGUGCCGGUGGUUUACCCAAUCAGGCGGACAUGGAUGCAAUUACGGACAGGCCGGAUAUGAAGCUGCGGGCGCCGACGCUGCAUGUGCAUGGACUGAGGGAUGAGGGGUUAGAGCUGCAUCGCAGGGCGGUGGAGGAUUAUUGCGCGCCGGGGACGACGACGGUGGUGGAGUGGGAUGGGCCGCAUCGCGUGCCGAUCAAGAAGGCUGAUGUCGAGAAGGUGGUGCAGGCGUUUGUCGAGUUGGUGGAUGAGUAUGGGCUGUGA